AUGAAACUCAAUACGAUGAACUGUAAGAGUAAGGAUAUUCUAUCAUGGAAGCGGUGGGGUGGAAUUGAUGAACCAGAGAGAACUCAUAUAGACCAAGAUAGUAGUAACCCCUGUAAUCUUGUUGAAGAUACCAGAGCUAAAUAA